UCAGCUCGGAUUUCGUAUCCCGUCUUGCACAUAAUGGCUACUCCAGGCGCCCGUCACUGGGAACAAAACAAGGAAGCUACCGUCUACGUUGGUAACAUCCAUGAAGAUGUCACUCAGCAGCUCCUUACCGAAUUGAUGAACCACCACGGCCGCGUGCGCACCAUCAAUAUGCCCGUCGAUCGCGUGAACGGGAAACAUCAAGGCUUUGGUUUCGUCGAAUUCGUGUCGGAAGCGGAUGCUGAAUAUGCCAUCAACAUACUCAACGGUCAGCGUCUUUACGGUACCUCCAUUCGCAUGAACAAAGCAUCUGCGGACAAGCAAAAGACAAUCGAAGUUGGUGCCGAACUUUUCGUUGGCAACCUGGAUUCCAUGGUCGACGAGAAAACAUUGUACGACAUCUUCAGCAGCUUCGGAACCCUGACAAGUGUACCCAAAGUGGCUCGGGACGAGCUCAACAUGUCCAAAGGCUACGGAUUCAUAUCAUACGCCGACUUUGAUGCUUCCGACAACGCUAUCGCCAAUAUGCACAACCAGAUGGUGGCAAGCAAACAAAUCUCGGUACAAUACGCAUACAAGAAGGAUGGCAAAGGCGAGCGCCAUGGUGAUGAGGCAGAACGUCUCCUUGCUAGUCAGGCGAAGCACCAUGGUGUGGCUCCAGCAGUCCAAUCCUUACCAGCACAUCUGUUCCAAGCAGCACCCGCUGCCGCUCCUCCAAUGGGACGUGGUGUUCCUGGUGCUCCAAACGGCCCAUCUGGAGGAUAUGCCAACCCCCCUCCGCCUCGCGGUCCUCCAAUGUCCCAGAUGCCCCCGUCUUUACCCCCGCCGCCUUCAGGAUUGCCAGCGCGGCCCCCAAGUGGUGCCCCUGCUAACCCUAACUAUUACCCACCGCCCGCGAACUUUGCAAAUCCCCCUCCACCCGGCUUCAAUUCAGGAGCACCUGGAUAUGGACGAUAG